AGACGAGGCUCCCGUUCACAGACUGAGGAUAUUUUUUACACCUUUUAAGUGUUUUUAUUUUUCAGCCAUGGACUCAAAAAUACGCCUAGAAAUUAUCGGCUUAGUUAAAGACCGUAAUUUCCAUGUUGCCCGAAGUAUUGCCGAAGGACUAAAACAGAAGUUUCCCGAUGCAUUUCUGGAACCAAAAAUUCGACCAUUACUCGAAUUUGACUGGCACUCAUAUCUGUGCAACAAGAAAAGGGAGCUGCGUGGUGAAGCGUGGCAGUACUCCAGCAGCCUGAUGUGCUUUCUAAACGGCCUUCUUCUCGGUAAUGAGAAGGAUCUCGCCAGCUGGGCCAAGAAUCAGUGGAGUUUCACAUUCACGCGGCCACAGGCUUUCUACAUGGCUCUCACUGAGGACUGCUACACCAAACACCUCCAGAACACUGGGCAUCCGUUUGUCUUCAUGGAUAUUGAGAUAGCAGGAGAGCCAGCGGGGAGGUUACUGUUUGAACUGUUCUCAGAUGUUUGUCCAAAGACAUCAAAGAACUUUGAGGCUCUGUGCACAGGAGAGCAAGGUCUGUCCCAGAGUGGCCUCCCACUCUGCUACAAGGGCUCGGUGUUUCAUCGUGUGUUGCCCAACGGCUGGGUUCAGGGAGGAGAUAUAUCACCAGAGAGAAAAGGUGAUGGAGGAGAAUCAAUCUACGGACCGACUUUUGAAGAUGAGAGCUUUGCCGUGUCCCACACUAAACGGGGCAUUCUAGGACUGGCCAAUAAGGGUCCACACAGCAAUGGAUCCCAGUUCUACAUCACCCUGCAGCCGACACCCUGGAUGGACAAGACCUACGUUGCCUUUGGGCAAGUGGUUGAGGGUGUCGAUGUCCUCAGGAGAUUAGAAGAAACUCCGACCUGUAAUGAAAGACCCAAAUAUGACUGCAAAGUUACAGAUUGUGGAAUGUUUCAGUUUUAGCACCGACACAUUCAUUUUGAUGUUGUUUUAAAUAAUUGUCAUUCAUGUAGUAAAAUAAAAAUAAUGCACAUGUAAUAUACGACUUAUAUUUAAAUACACACAUGCAAAAAAACUAUUUUGAUUUCUACAAAACUGUUGUAUGUACUUUUAAUUUGAUAUUUUAUAUGUGCAUGUCUCAGAUAAAAUAAGGUUUGUGUCUUUGUGUCCCUGUCAACUAGGAUUUUGUUAAUCUGUAUAUGUGUGAUAUUACUAUACUUUUAUAACAGUGUCUUGGUGUUUUGAGAGUUACAUGUAGUAUGUUUUUCCACAAAAUACAAAGAGGUAGAACAAAUGACAUAUAUGACAUUCAGUAAUGUUAUUUUGUAUGUAGUAUACAGCAGCCCAGAGUAAACCUGUGCAGGUACUGAAAUGCAAAACCAAAGCUGAAAAUAAGGUGAACUUUAACAUACUGAUUGGCAACUCAGACUUCUUCUCUAUCUCUGCCAAUAAGUACAUUUUAAUAUGAGUUAAUAAGAGAGCUGUAGAGCAUGGGUAGUUAACUAAAACUAAAGUAGGUUUCAAAAUAAUAGUUCACUGAAAUAAAAAUAAAAACUAUA